AUGGUCUUCCUGGCCGCCUAUACCUUGGCAUCAGGAACUCUCGAGACCAUGCCCAUGCUCCCCACUGGCCUUCGCCGCCAUCCCGAUUUCGGCACUUACUACCUCCAUCGCCGAAUCCCCACCGACCUGCUCUCUUGCUACCCCGGCAAGGAGAUGGUCAGCUUCUCGCUCAGGACCAAGGACUACCACGUCGCUGUGGAACGUCACCGACUUGAAGAAGCCAAGCUGACAUCGAACUGGGGAAAGCAACGCCAGCGCCUGGCGGACCAAGCUGCCCGCCAACACGUCGUCGCCAUCGUCCGCAUAGACGCCAUGACGUCGGAGACCAUUGACGCCAUCUGCAAGCACGUCGAAGCCGUCAGCCUCGCGGGCGAUGAGGCCCGCGUGCUGGAUGAGAACUACACCAUCGAGGAAAUCGAGGACUACCAGGCCGGCUACGCCGAAGCCAACAGGUUGUUGAAGGCCGCGUUGGUCUUGGGUAAGCAGGAUGUUCUGCGCCCGCCGCUCGAGGAGUUCUUGCGCCUCUACCGCUACGAGUUGAACGUGCCGGAAGGCGACAUGCGGCGGCUGGCGCUCGCCUAUGGCCGAACGGUUUUGCGCACGAACGAGAAGCUGCUGAGCCGGUACGCCGGCAACGAUGAACCGACUCCUGUCGUGGCGCGAAGCCUCGCAACGCCGCAACUGUCCGAGGUCACCACCGCCUACCUCACGCACUAUGCCAAGCUCGACCAGCCCGCGAUGCUCAAGAAAAUUCGCACGGCGAUGCCUUUGCUGCUAGACAUCGUCGGCGACAAGCCCAUUGGGGCGCUCAGGCAAGACGACCUGGAAACCUUCUUCGACUCCAUUCAGAACCUGCCGCCGCAUUGGAGCGCUAUCUGCCGCCGGCAGAAACUGACCCCUCGCAAGCUGGUGGAAAUGGGCGUCGGCGAGAUGGCCAAGGCGACCUUCACCGGGACGUACCUGGCAGUGAUGGUUCCGUUCAUCAAAUACUGCCGGCGCAAAUGGCAAGACCGGGGUUGGCCCAUGGGACUGACCGCCGAGGGCGUCCAGUACACCGGAAAUCGCAAGGACCCCGAAAAUGGCCAGCGCGCGUUCAAGCUCCACGAGCUGCAGCGCCUGUUCCAGGGGCCUGAGAUGGCUGGGUUCGCCCGGACCCCUGAGCAGGCGCACAUGUUCUGGCUGCCACACGUCGGGCUGUUCACCGGAGCCCGCGUAAAUGAGUUGUGCCAGCUGAAUCCGCAAGCGGACAUCUUGCAGAGCGCGGACGGCAUCUGGUACUUCAACAUCACCGAUAGGUCCGAGAGCCACGAGAAGGUGGACAAGUCUGUCAAGAACAAGAGCUCCAAGCGAGCCGUGCCGAUUCAUCCCCAGCUCAUCGAAAUUGGAUUCCUGGACUACGUCGAGCGCAUCAAGCAACAGGGCCACACACUGCUGUUCCCUGGCUUCCCGCCUAGCGCUGGCAAGGCGUCUCCCAAGGCCCUCGAGUGGUUCGGUGAAUUCCUACGAGACAUCGGCCUCCGCGACGAAACGCCAAACGCGCGUAUCGUCGGCAUGCAUGCGUUCCGUUUCACCCUUUUGAAUCGCGCAAUGGCGCUCAGGAUUGCCGGGGCGGAAGCCAUCACUGGGCACACCAGCAAUGUCACCCAGAUUCAGACCGUGACGGACGGCCAAGUCGAGCAGAAACGGUCCGAUGUCGUCGUGAAGUACCAGGGGCAACUGCCCGUGGACCAGAAGAUGGCCAUCCUUCAGCGCAUCACGUACGAGGGCCUGAAGUUCCAUGUGCCUGUGACGCCGAGCCGUUCGCAGCCUUGA